AUGAUUAAAAUCUUUCUUAUUUCAAUCAUUGAAGAACAAUGUCCUCUGGUUUGGUUAACAUCGGAUAGUACAAUUAAUUUAAAUAAGAGUCAUAUAAGUAAUUUGCUUCAAGGUAUUUUCAGUCACUUAGAAAUAUUUCAUGACAUCGAUAGAUGCAUUGAUCAUAUUACAAGCCCAAAUCAAAAACCGAUGGUUCUUGUUAUUGCAAGACCAAUUAAUGAUAUGACCUUUUUGGUUAAGAUACUUCUUGAUUUUAAACAAAUCGGUGCGAUUUACAUUUACUCAGGUACAAAUUAUUAUCCGGAAACGUCUGAAAUUUCGAACAUUCAUCGAUUCAAGGGCAUAUUUACAGACAUUAUUCAACUAGCGAACGAUUUAAAGGAGCAUGUUCGUAUCUUGCGCUGGUUUAAGCCAGUGAAUUUUACAACAACAUCAGCCAAUCAAGGCACAAUAGACGACGAUCACGAUGUCGGAUCAAGUAUGGAAAUAUCUUUUGUUUUUGGGAGUCUCAUUCGAGAUAUUUUUCUCAAGGCACCUAUUUAUAAAAAUGAACGAGAUGAUUUUUUCUACGAUUCGCAUAAUCGUUUUGCUAAUGACAGAGCCAGAUUAAAUAUCAUUAAGCAAUUUAAAAGGACUUAUCGUCCUGACAAAGCUAUCUAUUGGUAUACGACGAAUACAUUUCUUUAUGAAGAGCUGAAUAAAGCUUUACGUGAACAAGAUUUUGAUUUACUUUUCAAUUUACGUUUCUUCAUUCGCGAUUUAAAUCAACAGUUAUCGAAAAUUGCCCAGGACAAUAUGAAAAAAGAAAAUACUUUUGACAUAACGUUGUAUCGUGGUCAAGGCAUGUCAAAAGCAGAUUUUGAGGGACGAAUCAGAAAAAGAGUUGGUGGUCUUCUUUGGAUACAUGAAUUUCUAUCGACUAGUCGUUGUCUGGAAGUAGCUGAGAUGUUUGUGUUGCGAGAUCCGACAAUUGUUAGCAUUCUAUUUGAAAUACACUGCAAUGAAGCUUUUGAAAAGCGUUGUUUUGCUGAUAUUAAAAUAUUUAGCAAGAAUCCAGAUGAAGAAGAAUGUCUUUUUCAAAUGGGUACUGUUUUUCGAAUUGAUAGUGUUGAAUGUAUUCAGAACAAUGAAUGGAAAGUUCACCUAUAUCUGUCAUCUACGAAUCAGGAGAAACAUCGUGAUCAAGCAUUAUUGUACGACACUUUGUGUACAUCGAUCUUCUCUGAGCCAACUAUUCUUCAUCGUCUAGCUCGAAUGUUAUUUCUCAUGGGACAAUAUUCAAAAGCAAAAGAGAUGUAUACAUUACUCCUCGAAACUACAAGCAUCGAAGAUCGAUUGGAAACGGCCUAUUUAAAUUUUAAAAUAGGCAGAAUAUUCGAUGAAGAAGGAGAUCCAGAGCGAGCCUAUCGACAUUUCUGCCAAUCAUUGGAAUACCUCCCUCCCAAUUCACGUGAUGGCAAACUACAGACGCCGUUCCUUCAUUAUAAUUUGGGUCAUACUCUACAACAGAUGGGCCGACUCGACGAAGCUCGAGAUCACAUAGAAAAAGGAUUUCUUAGUGCUAAACGAUUGAAGGAUGAACAUGAUUCGAAUGCUUGGAGACUAGAUUCAUUUGAUGUUACAGAACGGUAUCUUACCAACCUGGCUUUUGUUCUUUCAAGAGAAGGAAAGUUUGAGGAUGCUUUGACUAAACAUCGCGCCUGUUUAAGACUUCGCCUUCACCGAUAUCACUCGAUUGAAAAAUGGAAGUACGGAGAAAGCUAUAGCAACAUUGCUUCUUCAUAUCUCGAUAUGUUAGAUUAUAAUCGAGCCCUUGAAUACUAUCAAAAGGCUUUAUUGAUGCAACGGAAGCAUUUAGUGCCCACUCAUCCAGCAAGAGCAACAAGUUAUUAUAAAAUGUCAUGUGUACUUCAAUUACUCGGUGAACUGGACAGCGCCACAUAUUAUGCAAGAUUGGCGUUUAAACAAUUGCAACAUACAUCUGUUAGUCAUUCUCGCAUAAAUGAAUAUAAGAAGAGAUAUGAUGAAUUGUUUCAAGAAUUGCUUACUCAAAGAAUACAAGCAUUCGAAAUUAACUCAAUGUCAAGAGAGACGAAUCAAUAA